UAUGCUCAAUAUCAUUGACAUCCACUUUGGUCUAGUAUGGUUUAUUUAUUAUUGCUGUGAGCAGAGCAUAAACAAUCAACGCUAGCUUUCAAGUAAUACAAUACAAAUAUGCUUGCUAACGGUAGCUAUUUAGCCAUUUGAGAUUCAAGCUCCAAGGUCGAUGCAAGGCAUUAGUGAAGGAGUAAUGUUUGUUAGUAGAUGGCUUUCUAUUUUUAAAGCCACCUUGGCCUUCUGAAGACUGCCUUUUAUAUUAAACAGGAUGAUAAAGGAGAAUGGUGACCUGUUUUCUGAUGCCCUGUGCAAAGUCUGCAGUGCUGUCCUGAAUUCUGACUCACAGAAACUUGCACAUUAUCAGAGCAAAAAGCAUGCCAACAAAGUCAGGCGCUACAUGAGCAUCCACAAAGAAGAGGAGCCCACCAUCAAAAGGUUCAAGUUGCCUUCGGGAGACAGCGCCAACAGUAAUGAAGAGACGGACCGCUCCAAAGCCUGUCUUAUAUGUAAUAUGACAUUUUCCUCUCCGGUGGUGGCUGAGUCCCACUACCAGGGCAAGGUGCAUACCAAGAACCUGAGACUGAAGACUUUUGGCCACCAGCCCCCAGUAGUACUACCUCAGGCCUUGGCCCCAGUAGUGAAGAAGAAGAAGACUCAGUUAGAAGAGGCGAGCAGCGUGGCAUCGUCAGGCCCGGCCGAGGACGACCAGGACCACUUCUGUUCCAUCUGCCACGCCUCAUUCAACAACCCCCUCAUGGCCAAGCAGCACUACGAAGGCAAGAAGCAUAAAAAACAGCUGACCCAGCAGAAGCUGAUGGAGACCUAUGGGCCGUCCACAGCACCAGCUUCUACAGUAAAGGGCUAUCCAUGCACUGUGUGCAACAUUGAACUCAACUCUGUGGAACAGUAUCAAGCUCACAUCAGCGGCUCCAAACAUAAGAACCAUGUCAGAGGGAAGAAAGGGAGCAACCCAACAUUUGUCAGCCCCUCUGAAAACCAGUACACAGCAGAAAACCAGCAGUCUGAGUACCGUUAUACGCCUGAAGCCGAACCUGUCCAGGAGGACUGGGGCACUUUCAACCAGGACUACGAGUGAAGAGACUCCCAGUACCCCACCUCUCUCCAACUACCACAGUUCACCAGCUACUGGUGUCCCUCAGUUAGGGCCAGGAGGAUUUCCUGACCACAUCACCUGACCAGGAAAAAUUCUUUGUUAUAGGCUACAACUACGCCCCAGAGUUUUCCCUGUUCAUGUCACAUGGUCCUGUAAAAUCCCUGGAAAGAGAGUGUGUCCUUCCUUCUUCUCUCUGUGGUGUCGUAUCUGCCUCAUAGGUGAAUCCUAUCUAUCUACUCCAGUUCUACUUCAUUCUAUCUGUACUCAGAGACGGUCAGUCUCCCAGUACAUGUGUUGGUUGUGUUCUCAGUCGGUCAGACGAGAGAGGUAUAGAGACACUUGGAUAUGUUGUCUAUUAUUCCUGUUCAAAAUUUCAAAUUCCGACAUAAUACAGUAUAAUGAUAUGACGUUGGUGUGAUGGACUUGCAGUAGUGUUCUGGUUCUAUUUUUAUAGAACCCCCCCUCCCUCCCUCCCUUCUAGAGUUUUGUCCAACACCUACAGUGGGGCAAAAAAAGUAUUUAGUCAGCCACCAAUUGUGCAAGUUCUCCCACUUAAAAAUAUGAGAGGCCUGUAAUUUAUCAUAGGUACGCUUCAACUAUGACAGACAAAAUGAGAAAAAAAUCCAGAAAAUCACAUUGUAGGAUUGUUUAUGAAUUUAUUUGCAAAUUAUGGUGGAAAAUAAGUGUUUGGUCAAAAAAAAAGUUUCUCAAUACUUUGUUAUAUACCCUUUGUUGGCAAUGACAGAGGUCAAUGUUUUCUUUAAGUCUUCACAAGGUUUUCACACACUGUUGCUGGUAUUUUGGCCCAUUCCUCCAUGCAGAUCUCCUCUAGAGCCGUGAUGUUUUGGGGCUGUUGCUGGACAACACGGACUUUCAACUCCCUCCAAAGAUUUUCUAUGGGGUUGAGAUCUGGAGACUGGCUAGGCCACUCCAGGACCUUGAAAUGCUUCUUACGAAGCCACUCCUUCGUUGCCCGGGCGGUGUGUUUGGGAUCAUUGUCAUGCUGAAAGACACAGCCACGUUUCAUCUUCAAUGCCCUUGCUGAUGGAAGGAGGUUUUCACUCAAAAUCUCGUGAUAAAUGGCCCCAUUUAUUCUUUCCUUUACACGGAUCAGUCGUCCUGGUCCUUUUGCAGAAAAACAGCCCCAAAGCAUGAUGUUUCCACCCCCAUGCUUCACAGUAGGUAUGGUGUUCUUUGGAUGCAACACAGCGUUCUUUGUCCUCCAAACACGACGAGUUGAGUUUUUACCAAAACAUUCUAUUUUGGUUUCAUCUGACCAUAUGACAUUCUCCCAAUCUUCUUCUGGAUAAUCCAAAUGCUCUCUAGCAAACUUCAGACGGGCCUGGACAUGUACUGGCUUAAGCAGGGGGACACGUCUGGCACUGCAGAAUUUGAGUCUCUGGCGGCGUAGUGUGUUGCUGAUGGUAGGCUUUGUUACUUUGGUCCCAGCUCUCUGCAGGUCAUUCACUAGGUCCCCCCGUGUGGGGUGAGAUCUUACGUGGAGCCCCAGAUCGAGAGAGAUUAUCAGUGGUCUUGUAUGUCUUCCAUUUCCUAAUAAUUGCUCCCACAGUUGAUUUCUUCAAACCAAGCUGCUUACCUAUUGCAGAUUCAGUCUUCCCAACCUGGUGCAGGUCUACAAUUUUGUUUCUGGUGUCUUUUGACAGCUCUUUGGUCUUGGCCAUAGUGGAGUUUGGAGUGUGACUGUUUGAGGUUGUGGACAGGUGUCUUUUAUACUCAACAAGUUCAAACAGGUGCCAUUAAUACAGGUAACGAGUGGAGGACAGAGGAGCCUCUUAAAUAAGAAGUUACAGGUCUGUGAGAGCCAGAAAUCAAGCUUGUUUGUAGGUGACCAAAUACUUACUUUCCACCAUAAUUUGCAAAUAAAUCCAUUAAAAAUCCUACAAUGUGAUUUUCUGGAUUUUGUUUCUCAUUUUGUCUGUCAUAGUUGAAGUGUACCUAUGAUGAAAAUUACAGGCCUUUCUCAUCUUUUUAAGUGGGAGAACUUGCACAAUUGGUGGCUGACUAAAUACUUUUUUGCCCCACUGUAAAUCUUUUGAUCCAUCUCUUUACAUAAUGUUUCCCUGUGACUGGCUGAGAGGAAAAACUCUCAAUAACAUAUCCUGUACGGAAAGUUAUUUUUCUUGAACUUUUACUCGUUCUAGUUUUUUUAGCUUGCGGAUAGCAACAUGGAGAGUAACUUGGACUUUCUAAAAAAAAUAUUAUAUACAUGUAAUUUUCUGCACCCUCCAACUUCAGUGUUUGUGAGAACCUUCUAGUUUGAUGUCUAUUGUAAGUAAAAGACUGCCAGAUGAUAAGUACGUCCUAUAAUCGUUUUAUUAUAUGUACAUGCGUUCGUAUCAAUUUAAAACGGGGCUGUCACAAACUAACCAUACGUUGCAGCAGAUAAGCAAUGUCAUACUCUAACCUUACUCUGUAUUAGGAAUGCGCUGUCAGUACCAGGGCUUAAAAAGCAAUGUCAUUUUGUUUUUAUUCCAGUUUAUUUCUGUUUUUAGUCACAUGAAAAAUGAUAUGAAGCAACUUACAAUGUAAAAUAUGCCUUUACUAGACAUCUGCUGUGGUAUGUCAUAGUUGUAGAAAUCAUACUGUUUUACUCCAUAGUUGUCCAUCUGUGCUGGUAGGGUCAUGAAAGAUUGUCUGAAUAUUGGUCAACAUUCUGUCUGAGGGAGUGGUUUUUGGAAUGGUAUUUGACUGUGAAUGUAAAGAUAAUCUGAGAGUGUUUCAGUGGUGAUGGUGAGACUAAAAUAAGCUAUUUUAAAAGCUCAAUGUUUGGUGUAGUAAGUGCUAAAACUUUUUAUGUUUUUGCUGCAUUUAUUGAAUGGACAAAAAAAUAUCUACUUGGAUAUCGGUUGUAUUAGUGAGGGAUUGGAUGUGCAGAAUCGUCGUAGCAGUCCCGGGUGCGUUACUGACCGACAGUAAAGGAUCCUAGAUUUGUACUUUUAUUGUUUCAAGUGAAAUACUAUGUUGAUCUUUAAAAGCAUAAAUAGAUUUUGAUUGAUCUUAAGAUCCCAUUAUUUCAUUUUGUGACGAGUUGUGAAAGUUUGUCAUUUCCUAAGAUUGUUUUUUUUCAUCAGACAUGACAAGUUGACUAUUACUGAAUGUGUCGCCCUGCCUUUUGGCUGAAGAAACGUUACAUUCAUUUUGGAUGUAAUUCAUUAGAAGAGGGCUUCUAAAUACAUUGUAAAACAAGCAAAAAUAUGGCCUUUUAUUUCAGACCUCAUUCUUAUUGUGUUGUAAAUGAUCAGAUUUAUUUUCAAUACAAACUAUGUAUGCCUAAAGAAGUGCUAGGGAAAUGUGUAUGUAGUAAAACAAUGUUUUAACUAAA